CAAAAAAGAAGGGGAGAGGAGAUGCAUGUGACCGAUCACGCCUCCACCGCACGAAAAAAAGGGGCUCUCUCUCUCUCUCGCGGUGUUUUACUUCAAAUUCAGCCACCAUCUCCGCCUCGCCGUCUCCGGAAAAUCGCCUCUCGUGGCUCUCAUCACCACCAACCGCCGGCCCGUAGACUUAUGACUUAGCCGGUGUGACGACAGAGGAGGGGAAACAGGUUCUGCAACGGAAGGGAGACAGAGCGAGAGAUCUGCUGAAGUGCUGAUUCAAAUGCACGCGAAGAAUCGGCUGCCCAGCAGCGGCCACAAUACUCCAUCGCCCCCGGCAUCUCCUCUCCGUUCGCCUCGCUACCGGCACGGCCGGUCAAAGACGACCAGUCGUCUCACCGCGGUUCAGCCGGGUCGGACCCUCGCUCACCGGCUCUCCUGGUUGCUCUUAUCGGUUCUUCUCCGGCGUCAGGGAAUUUUCCUCUUCGCUCCUCUCAUCUACAUUUCCUGUAUGUUGCUCUUCAUGGGAACGGUGUCAUUUGAUGUCGUUCCCGUAAUCACGCAUCGCCCCGCCCCAGGAUCCGUCUACAAGAGUCCACAGCUUUACGCCAAGCUCCGACCGGAGAUGGACGCCGAUAAUUCCACGGCUGAUGCGAUAUCAACAAUUUGGAAACAUUCCUAUAAAGGUGGGGAAUGGAAGCCAUGUGUCAACAAGUCUUCUGGAGCUUUGCCCGAGUCAAAUGGUUACAUAUAUGUUGAGGCAAAUGGAGGCUUGAAUCAACAGCGGACAUCGAUAUGCAAUGCGGUUGCUGUGGCAGGCUAUCUGAACGCGACUCUUGUAAUCCCCAACUUUCACUAUCAUAGUAUAUGGAGAGAUCCGAGUAAAUUUGGAGACAUCUAUGAUGAAGAUUACUUUGUCAGUACCUUAGCAAAUGAUGUACGAGUGGUCGAUAAGAUUCCUGAAUACUUAAUGGAGCGAUUUGACUACAACAUGAGCAACGUCUACAACUUCAGAAUAAAAGCAUGGUCUCCUAUUCAAUAUUACCGAGACUCAGUCCUGCCAAAGCUACUUGAAGAAAAGGUUAUAAGGAUCUCACCCUUUGCGAAUAGACUUUCAUUCGAUGCUCCUCCGGCUGUCCAAAGACUUAGGUGCCUGGCAAAUUACAAAGCUUUGCAAUUUUCAAAAUCCAUACUUGCCCUAGGAGAAACACUGGUCAAGAGAAUGAAGGAGCGUAGUGCAAACAAUGGCGGAAAGUAUGUGUCUGUACAUCUGCGUUUUGAGGAGGAUAUGGUAGCUUUUUCCUGUUGUGUAUUUGAUGGCGGCGAGCAAGAAAGACAAGACAUGAUAGCAGCAAGAGAACGAGGAUGGAAAGGGAAGUUCACAAAACGGGGCCGUGUUAUACGUCCUGGGGCUAUCAGGCUCAACGGAAAAUGUCCGUUGACUCCUUUAGAGGUGGGUUUGAUGCUUAGAGGAAUGGGCUUCAACAACAACACAUACAUCUACCUGGCAUCUGGCCAGAUAUAUGAUGCGAACAGAACAAUGGCCCCACUACUGGAGAUGUUCCCGAAUCUGCAAACUAAGGAGAUGCUCGCAGCUGAGGAAGAACUUGCUCCAUUUACUAAUUUCUCUUCCAGGAUGGCUGCGAUAGAUUACACAGUUUGUCUCCACAGUGAGGUUUUUGUGACGACUCAAGGCGGAAACUUUCCUCAUUUCCUCAUGGGCCAUAGGAGAUAUUUGUAUGGCGGACACUCCAAGACCAUUCGACCAGACAAGCGGAAAUUAGCUAUCCUCUUUGACAAUCCCAACAUCGGAUGGAGGAGUUUCAAGCGUCAAAUGCUGAACAUGAGGUGCCAUAGUGACUCAAAAGGGCACGAGCUGAAACGGCCUAAUGAUUCCAUUUACACAUUCCCUUGCCCUGACUGCAUGUGCCGUACCAACAGGACAACAACAACAGAAGAAGAAGUAGAUUCUCGGGCGGCCACGUGACAAAAUCGGAGGCUGGGACCCACCAUUCCUUCUCUUUUUUCUUUCGUAAUUCUUUCGAUUCUUUAGCAGCCCUCCACCACACGCUGACAGGAGAGUGAGAUAACAGCAGGAGGGUCUAUUUAUCAAAAUCGCCCUCAUGGGAUGAUUGCUUCCAGACAGUUGCAGCCGAUGCGUAGCACUAGAGAUUCAUUCGUUGGCUUUCUUCUCCAAGAAGAAGGUUACAGCGUUUAGGUUGAGUUUGCGUUCGCGUUUUGUACAUUGGUUCAGGUGAUGCAGAAUGACCGUUGUAGGCGGGGGGAGAAGCUGUCCAGUUUUGUACAUUUUUUAUUUUAUUUUUCCAGUUACAUCUGUUAUUUUUUAGGAACAAGUUUUCAAUAUCCAUUUGAUUCUUUUCUUUGGACCUGUAACAACGUAUACUCGAACAUUUCGAGAGAAAAAAAAAAUUAAAAGUCGUAUGAAAUGUAUAUGAUUAGAUA